AUGGCGGCGUGCGCACAGAGGGCAGGAGCGCUGAUACGAUUAACACGAAAUGUGGACUUUAAGAGCGAACGCAUGUUCUCUGUGCGGCUGCAGGCUGCAGGCUCGAGCGGCGACCCGCCUAAAUUCACUCCUCCAUCCAAACCGGUGAUUGUGGAUAAGUCGAGACCUGAAGAAGCGGCGCGGCGGUUCCUCAGUCCCGAGUUCGUUCCUCCUCGGCAGCGCACGAACCCGCUGAAAUUCUCCCUCGAGCGCAAAGACAUGAUCCAGAGACGCAAAGUGCUAAACAUCCCCGAGUUCUACGUGGGAAGCAUCCUGUCUGUCACCACGUCAGACCCGCACGCCGCCAACAACACCAACCGCUUCGUGGGGAUCUGCAUCCAGCGCUCGGGUGCGGGGCUCGGCGCCACCUUCAUCCUCAGGAACAUCAUCGACGGACAGGGAGUGGAGAUCUGCUACGAGCUGUACAACCCUCGGAUAAAGCGCGUCGAGGUGCUGAAGCUGGAGAAGAGACUGGACGAUAACCUGAUGUACCUGAGAGAUGCCCUGCCUGAGUACAGCACCUUCGACUUCGACAUGAAGCCCGUUCACCUGUCGCCCACGCAGGACGUCCCCAUCAACGAGCUGAAGGUUAGGAUGAAGCCGCGCCCGUGGUCCAAGCGCUGGGAGCGUCCCAAGUUUAACGUCCAGGGAAUACGCUUUGACCUGUGCCUGACCCCGGAGCAAAUGGAGCACGCUCAGAAGUGGGCGGAGCCGUGGAGGAAGUACGACAUGCUCAAGGAGUACGACACUUCCUCACUGGAGGAGAAGAUCUAUCAGGAAGUACAGGCCGAGCUCAAAAAGUGACUGAACGCUUCUAAAAGUGGACUCAUAAAGCUGUGUGUUUCUGUGAAGUGAAUAAAUAUGUAUUUGUGUCA